CCUCUGUUUGCAGAGCUUUAAGUGCUCAGGAAAGUGUCAUCUGCACGCAGAGCUCAGCUCUUCAAAAACGGACAAACUUUAACUGCUGAAUUAUCAACGCUACAUCGCUGCCGCGUCCUGGUACUCCCUAUCGUAACGCGAGUACGCGAGACCCGAAACAGUCUCGUAUGAGAAAAUGUCCGUGAACGAAGUAUACCUGUUCCGGCCGUUCAAACUGAUCGCUCUUCUUUGCGUGUUUCUCGCACUUUGCUUGGACAUUGUCGCGCUGCUGAGCCCCGCGUGGGUGACGGCGGAUGGCUAUGCGCUGUCGCUAUGGGAGUCAUGCAGGGAGAUCGAGACAGACUGGAGCUGCAUCUCCACCCUCAAGUCUGAUUGGCAGAUUGCAACGCUGAUAUUGUUAUUAGCCGGAGCAUCUGUGACAUUAGUGGCAUUUCUAAUCGCAAUGAUUUCUUUGUGUAAAGGCACACAAAGGAAGCACUAUCGUAUGGUUGCUGUAUUCCUCUUCUCAGCAGUGGUCGUCCAGGCGUGUGCUCUGGUUCUCUACCCAAUCAAAUUCAUUGAUGGCAAAGUCUUGCAAACAUAUCAUGAGUUCAACUGGGGCUAUGGGUUGGGUUGGGGCGCCACCAUCUUCAUGCUGGGUGGAGGAAUCUUGUUAUGCCUUAGAACGGAUAUGUAUGAAGAUGCCAUGUACUAAAGGCUCCAAUACAUGAUCAUGCUCACAAAGUAGACUCGAACACUACACCUGUCAAAGCAAAAAAGUAACAAUCAAGUGGUAUCAUCAAGCACAGCAUACCCACAUGCAGCCUACUCACAUAUUACAGACUCACACAUACUCCAAAUUCACAACACAUACAAACAUAGGUUUUGUCCAACCCGAUGUCAUCAGAAUUCCUAGGUAUUGUAAAAGUUAGAAAUUUUGUAUAAAUUUGUUUGAUCUGACUUAUGAUUUAUUAACAACAUAUGUGUAGGUAAAACAUGACCAGGAAAGUCAACUCCUAAACUUAUCCAUAAGAGGGGCUUUUUGAUCUUAUGAAUUUACACAAAUUAAAAAAAAAUAAUAAUAAAUCAUGGGACUGUGUUGGCUGCUUCCCAAUGCAAAUGCUUAUGCUGUUCUUAAAAGCUGUUGGCAUUCACAUGUAGCUUAAUUAUUCUAGCUACCUAACUUUCAGUUUCAUACAUUUAAAAAAAUGCUGUUUUGACUGUGGCAUAUGCUCUACAGCUGAAAGACUUGAAUGUGAUUGCCUCUGUUUCCAUGGGUUUGUGGGCAAUUAUAAAACAAAGUAUGCACUGAUGCAUACUUUGAAAAUCCACUAGAAAUAAUAUGCAGUCAGGGCACCCUUGGUGCUAAUUUUAUACUGUUUUCAAGUAUUAUGAUUUGGGACUUAGGAUUCAGGACAGAUAUAGUAUGUGAUUUGGAAUGCAGCCAUAAACAAGUACACAUACACCCUAGCUUUAUUACUCUUUUGCUCAUGUACAGAGUGUGAGCCUAAACUGAGCAUGACAGGCUGUUGUUACAAGCUUCAGAAUGGAUGACGAUGAAGUAUGAAGAACAGCUGUGUGAACUGGACUGCAAGAAUUCAGUGUUGAUAUUAAAUGUUCAGAUGAGCAUUUAUAGAGAUAUGGAUGUGCCAUACCCACUUGGUUUGGCUCUUGGCCAUUUCAGCAGCAUAUCCCAUGGAUCUCCUUCCAUAAGGAAGAAAAAUUAUUGGAGCAGGUUCUCGAGGGAUUGUUUUCUUUAUAAAGAAAUAUCCAAUAUAUAGUUGAUUUUACCAUUUUGUAUAUUACUUGUGCUGUGUGAUCUUGGUAAUGUGUUUAUAAUAUUCAUAUAUUUGGAUUUAAAUGAUUUAUUUUAUGUCAUGUUAUUUGAUAUUUGCAGUUUUUGAAAUACUAACUCGAUUUGGGAAAGAGGCAUUUAAUGAGGCUUUACAGCUCAAACAUAUUGGUUUCCUUUCUCUGUUUUAAAAAAAGAAAUAAAACAUGUAUAACAAGUACAAAAAUACAUACUGUACACU